AUGAAGUCGAGGUUCUCACGGAUCUGUGUCUUCUGCGGCACCAGCAAUGGCAAGAACCCUAGCUACCAACUCGCUGCUAUCCAACUCGGCAAACAGCUUGUGGAGAGGAGCAUCGACUUGGUGUAUGGAGGAGGGAGCAUUGGGUUGAUGGGGCAGAUCUCACAAGUGGUAUUUGAUGGUGGACGCCACGUGUUAGGGGUCAUUCCUACCACUCUGAUGCCACCAGAGAUAACGGGGGAGACGGUGGGAGAAGUGAGAGCAGUGUCGGGGAUGCACCAACGAAAGGCAGAAAUGGUUCGACAAGCUGACGCGUUCAUUGCUCUCCCAGGUGGAUAUGGCACUCUGGAAGAAUUACUUGAAGUCAUUACUUGGGCUCAACUAGGAAUCCACGACAAACCCGUGGGAUUGUUGAACGUGGAUGGCUACUACAACUCAUUGCUGUCAUUCAUGGACAAUGCUGUGGAUGAAAGUUUCAUUACACCAGCUGCCCGUCACAUUAUUGUGUCUGCCCAAACUGCCCAAGACCUUAUGUCCAAACUUGAGGAAUAUGCCCCGAAGCACUGUGGCGUGGCACCAAAGCAGAGUUGGGAGAUGAACCAAGAGUUAUAA